CCUGCCUCCGCGCGCAUCGUUCAGUACCGUUACAUGAGCAUAUCAGAGGACCGUCACGAGCCAUCAUGUCCAGACAGAGCCUGGCGUGCGCUAUCGCCAUUCUCGCAGUGCUUUUGUCGGGAUCCUCCCUCGCCAGCCGCAAACUUCUAGUGUUCCUCAUCGAUGGAUUUCGAUAUGAUUACAUGGACGAUCUGCAAAGUUUGCCUGGGUUUAAAGAGAUAAUGGAUAAUGGGGUCAAAGUGGAUUAUAUGACCCCCGACUUCCCCAGCCUUUCAUACCCCAAUUACUACUCACUAAUGACAGGUGAGAUGAUUUUACCUGACUGUGCCUCAAAGUUACAGCUGUGAAAAAAUAUAGAUUAGGCUACAAAAGGUUGACCAUGAUUGAUCACCAAAUAAGAUUUUAAGAACAUGGAGCCAUUUCUUUGUUAUCUUGGACAUAUAGUGUGAACAAAUAGUAAGUUCACAGGUGGAAUCCAUUUGAACCUUUAUUGCUUGCCUGAACAAAUAGGAUAUAGUGACAGUGGAGUUUAAACUUUGAUGUUUAUGUAUAAAGUUGUAAAGUAGCGUGUUGUACUCUGUUGUGGCAACACUGAAAUAAUAAUUGGUCAAUCAUUCUCAUCAAUAUUGUUGCAGAAUGAUACAUUGUUAAUGAAUGAUUUGAUAACUUGGGUUUAGAAAUGAUCAACCCAACAAUGAAUGAAAGGAAACUUUACACCAUGGAAUGGAAGGCAGAUGAGAUAACAUUUCAGAAGUAGGCCAUACUCUGUAAACUUUGUGUAGACAUUGACAGUAGCCUAAUGCAGUGAUGGAUGUAUAAUACAUCCAUUGAUGGACAGGAGCCUGGCACAGCUUUCCUGGGUCCUCAAGCAGUAGGACUCUGCCUCGUCAGUAGCAGAGCCCCACGCGCCUCUCCCCCCUGGCAACCACACUGUCUCUAUUGUAUCACUUACAUAUGGUAUGAGUGAAAACAAGGGACAACCAGAGCCAUGUAUUUAUAGAGUUGGGCCAAUCCGGUUUCUGCAUUAUGAUGCAUUUACAUGACAUUACAACAUUCUAUGACAGCCAUGUUAGCUCCCCAUUAACAUUACAUGGGGAAUAUUUAAAUAGUGCUGUCUCGAAAUGUCUAGAAUUAGAAAAAUAUUCAAAAUUCUAAAAGUUGGCCUAACUCUAAAUAUAUGGCUCUGGGGACAACUAGUUAAAGUUUAAAUCACUUUACUAACCCAAAGCAACAACAACGUUUACAGUUUGCCACAGAACACAAUCCGUCAGUUUCGUUAAUACAGUAACAAUAACCAUACGAUACAUACUUAACAACAUACCCGAGCCGACUAGGUGAAAAUCUUGCGAUGUGCCCUUGAGCAAGGCACUUAACCUAAUUGCUCCUGUAAGUCGCUCUGGAUAAGAGCGUCUGCUAAAUGACUAAAAAUGUAAAAAAAAUACACUGCUUUGCACCUGAUCAGUUCUCUCACAUACUUAACAACAUACACUGCUUUGCACCUGAUCAGUUCUCUCACUGGACCUCUUCAGAGUCCUGGUAGAGAACGACACCAUCACUGACAGUGUAGUAGUGACAUAACAACAGAUGUAGGUAGGUAGUAGUGGUGGUCUUAUAUAGGGGCUUUAUGUUGUGUUUGGUGACAUUUAUGCUUAUAAUAUAUGUAAGGAGUGCCUGCUCACUUCAGUAAAAACAGCCCUGGUCUGUAUGGCUCCUCAGUCAGCGGCUGUAGGCUAUCUCAGUAAUAACAGCCCUGGUCUGUAUGGCUCCUCAGUCAGCGGCUGUAGGCUAUCUCAGUAAAAACAGCCCUGGUCUGUACGGCUCCUCAGUCAGCGGCUGUAGGCUAUCUCAGUAAAAACAGCCCUGGUCUGUACGGCUCCUCAGUCAGCGGCUGUAGGCUAUCUCAGUAAAAACAGCCCUGGUCUGUACGGCUCCUCAGUCAGCGGCUGUAGGCUAUCUCAGUAAUAACAGCCCUGGUCUGUAUGGCUCCUCAGUCAGCGGCUGUAGGCUAUCUCAUUAAUAACAGCCCUGGUCUGUAUGGCUCCUCAGUCAGCGGCUGUAGGCUAUCUCAGUAAUAACAGCCCUGGUCUGUAUGGCUCCUCAGUCAGCGGCUGUAGGCUAUCUCAGUAAUAACAGCCCUGGUCUGUAUGGCUCCUCAGUCAGCGGCUGUAGGCUAUCUCAGUAAUAACAGCCCUGGUCUGUAUGGCUCCUAAGUCAGCGGCUGUAGGCUAUCUCAGUAAUAACAGCCCUGGUCUGUAUGGCUCCUCAGUCAGUGGCUGUAGGCUAUCUCCACUCCAGGCUGAACCCCUGGCAGAGAGAGAGCAGAGGGGCAGAGGGGCAGAGGGGAGAGCAGUAAAGCCCCAAAGACAACAGAUUCUGUCAAAUCCCUCCCAAUCGCCAGAUCACUUUGUGGAUGAUUUGCUGAUGUAAGUUGUUUUGGUAGAGCACAUUCCCCUCAACAAAGCCACGGCUCAGGCUACUACCACCAUUUUGUGCACAGGCAUUAGCAACAUAACCAAACAGAGCUGACAAAGGCCAUCUGACACAGGGCCCUCCAGUUACCCCGAGCAUCUGACACAGGGCCCUCCAGUCACCCCGAGCAUCCGACACAGGGCCCUCCAGUUACCCCGAGCAUCCGACACAGGGCCCUCCAGUUACCCCGAGCAUCCGACACAGGGCCCUCCAGUUACCCCGAGCAUCUGACACAGGGCCCUCCAGUCACCCCGAGCAUCCGACACAGGGCCCUCCAGUUACCCCGAGCAUCUGACACAGGGCCCUCCAGUUACCCCGAGCAUCUGACACAGGGCCCUCCAGUCACCCCGAGCAUCCGACACAGGGCCCUCCAGUUACCCCGAGCAUCCGACACAGGGCCCUCCAGUCACCCCGAGCAUCCGACACAGGGCCCUCCAGUUACCCCGAGCAUCUGACACAGGGCCCUCCAGUUACCCCGAGCAUCCGACACAGGGCCCUCCAGUCACCCCGAGCAUCCGACACAGGGCGCUCCAGUUACCCCGAGCAUCCGACACAGGGCGCUCCAGUUACCCCGAGCAUCUGACACAGGGCCCUCCAGUUACCCCGAGCAUCCGACACAGGGCCCUCCAGUCACCCCGAGCAUCCGACACAGGGCCCUCCAGUUACCCCGAGCAUCCGACACAGAGCCCUCCAGUCACCCCGAGCAUCCGACACAGGUCCCUCCAGUCACCCCGAGCAUCUGACACAGGGCCCUCCAGUUACCCCGAGCAUCCGACACAGGGCCCUCCAGUUACCCAGGGCAUCUGACACAGGGCGCUCCAGUCACCCAGGGCUAGACUAGAGCCAUGCAUAAGGGGCUAUUUCAAAGCUGAUGGAGCUUUUCAGAGACACGUUUAUUUGGAGGGAGUCAGGGAAGGGGGCUACUUGUGAGAGUAUACUGUACAGACACAUAGAAAGAGGAGAGAGUACUUCUUACUGUCCUCCUGUAUAUUAUUAAACACAUUCUCUGGUACUUUUGUAUACUUUGUAGCCAGUAGUUCUAAAAGUCGCGCUCACAAGCCAAAAGUAGUCCCCGAAAAAUUGCGUGAAACAUCACAUACAGUGGGGAAAAAUAGUAUUUAGUCAGCCACCAAUUGUGCAAGUUCUCCGACUUAAAAAGAUGAGAGAGGCCUGUAAUUUUCAUCAUAGGUACACGUCAACUAUGACAGACAAAAUAAGAAAAAAAAUCCAGAAAAUCACAUUGUAGGAUUUUUUAUGAUUUUAUUUGCAAAUUAUGGUGGAAAAUAAGUAUUUGGUCAAUAACAAAAGUUUCUCAAUACUUUGUUAUAUACCCUUUGUUGGCAAUGACACAGAUCAAACGUUUUCUGUAAGUCUUCACAAGGUUUUCACACACUGUUGCUGGUAUUUUGGCCCAUUCCUCCAUGCAGAUCUCCUCUAGAGCAGUGAUGUUUUGGGGCUGUCGCUGGGCAACACGGACUUUCAACUCCCUCCAAAGAUUUUCUAUGGGGUUGAGAUCUGGAGACUGGCUAGGCCACUCCAGGACCUUGAAAUGCUUCUUACGAAGUCACUCCUUCGUUGCCCGGGCGGUGUGUUUGGGAUCAUUGUCAUGCUGAAAGACCCAGCCACGUUUCAUCUUCAAUGCCCUUGCUGAUGGAAGGAGGUUUUCACUCAAAAUCUCACGAUACAUGGCCCCAUUCAUUCUUUCCUUUACACGGAUCAGUCGUCCUGGUCCCUUUGCAGAAAAACAGCCCCAAAGCAUGAUGUUUCCACCCCGAUGCUUCACAGUAGGUAUGGUGUUCUUUGGAUGCAACUCAGCAUUCUUUGUCCUCCAAACACGACGAGUUGAGUUUUUACCAAAAAGUAAUAUUUUGGUUUCAUCUGACCAUAUGACAUUCUCCCAAUCCUCUUCUGGAUCAUCCAAAUGCACUCUAGCAAACUUCAGACGGGCCUGGACAUGUACUGGCUUAAGCAGGGGGACACGUCUGGCACUGCAGGAUUUGAGUCCCUGGCGGCGUAGUGUGUUACUGAUGGUAGGCUUUGUUACUUUGGUCCCAGCUCUCUGCAGGUCAUUCACUAGGUCCCCCCGUGUGGUUCUGGGAUUUUUGCUCACCGUUCUUGUGAUCAUUUUGACCCUACAGGGUGAGAUCUUGCGUGGAGCCCCAGAUCGAGGGAGAUUAUCAGUGGUCUUGUAUGUCUUCCAUUUCCUAAUAAUUGCUCCCACAGUUGAUUUCUUCAAACCAAGCUGCUUACCUAUUGCAGAUUCAGUCUUCCCAGCCUGGUGCAGGUCUACAAUUUUGUUUCUGGUGUCCUUUGACAGCUCUUUGGUCUUGGCCAUAGUGGAGUUUGGAGUGUGACUGUUUGAGGUUGUGGACAGGUGUCUUUUAUACUGAUAACAAGUUCAAACAGGUGCCAUUAAUACAGGUAACGAGUGGAGGACAGAGGAGCCUCUUACAGAAGAAGUUACAGGUCUGUGAGAGCCAGAAAUCGUGCUUGUUUGUAGGUGACCAAAUACUUAUUUUCCACCAUAAUUUGCAAAUAAAUUCAGAAAAAAUCCUACAAUGUGAUUUUCUUGAUUUUUUUCUUCUCAAUUUGUCUGUCAUAAUUGACGUGUACCUAUGAUGAAAAUUACAGGCCUCUCUCAUCUUUUUAAGUGGGAGAACUUGCACAAUUGGUGGCUGACUAAAUACUUUUUUUCCCCACUGUAUGUGCGCCACGUCAUUGCUCUCUUUCUCUCGCUCUGCUGUGUGUGCAACUUGCUAGCUGUCACUCAAAUGGCGAGGAACCAGUAGCGGUGCAUGGGUAAAAUCACUGGGGAAGCCAAGCCAGGAACAAAAUGCCAUAUUACAACCGUUGUGUUGUGACAAUUAGAAGACACAGUGGCAGAAUAAAUUCAACUACACCUUUGUUUCAUCACAAAACCGGAGAACAACAUCUGUCUGGUGAAGUCCACAAAGCAUAUUGCAUGUAACAAACAGUUACAUGACCUACAGCAUGGUCAAGCAAGGUAAUGUUUCCGACAUUUUCGGAUUACUAAACAACUAUUGAUUUAGAAACACAGAGAGUUAGAGCAAGUCGCAAAGAAAACAGGAGCUGCCUCCACUAUCUCAGCACCAUUUCAACUUCAACAUCAUCUAAUCACCUAUGCUGAUUUCUGUGCGGGCGUGCAAGUACAAAAAACAUGUUGACUCACCCUACUUGUAGAUAAACGCCAAAUCCAUCCUCCUCUCUUUCAUGUUGCCGAAACACACUUUUAGUUUUUGUUGUCCUAGGCUACCUGGCUACAAUGCUUGCUCGCUAGCCUAACUUCCAUUCAUGGGCAACAAUACGCCAGGCCAGCUAGUUCACAUUAGCCUACUACUUCUAGCUACAUGUUGAACUUCUAUCCUCUCAGGCUAGGGGCACAACAAUGUAUGAAUUUAUGGAUGGAUCAGAAUCGCCAUUGUGAUCCUUGGCCUACAGAGAAUUAAGUAAAACCACAAGUCCAAAUCCCUAUCUCCAUCCAAUGGCUAAUUUAGGAAAGGGCCAUUUUAGCUAGCUAGCCACCGGAGGACAACGACACAAGGGGAUGCAACAAUAAAACAUUUCUGUCAAUGAUGUUUGGCUUUUGAUGUGAUGUGAUUGGUGUGAAGCCAAAUCCUAACCUGCUUCCUUUGACACUUUAUUUUGGUGUGCCAGGACCAUUCACAGUUGAACUCACUCAGUUUAGCUCAACGCUGAUUGGCUAUUAUAAAAAUAUAUAUAAUUUAAAGGGAGGCCAAAUGUUCACUGGCUUCCCUUGCAUUCAAUGCUACUGGCGGCAUUAAUGUAAUACUCUUUUUGACCAGACAGCAUCAGGUAGAUGGGCUACACAUACGGAGACAGAGGGGGCGCUGUUUCACUCGCUCGGAUGCUUUCUCCGGAGAGAUACAUUCAGCCUCUUGCAAAUUGAAGGAGAAUUAUGAAACACAGAGAGACGAAAGCUACAUUUUAAAUUGUAUUUAAAAUAUGUUUUUCUUGGUAAAUCUUUUGGAGAAGCCUGGUAUCCCUUGGCACCCAUGAAUACAUGCCACUGGUUGGAACUCAAAUUGCUUGGGGGUUGGUCCACCUGGGGGGAAAUAGCGCUGGACAGCUUCCAGUAAACAGUCGCUUUCAAACUAGGGAUUUCGUGCCUAAUUGAGGUAAAACAGUAAUUCUUCUCAUAGAUUAUGCAUGUAUGAACUACACAUUGACACAUCCAGCCCAAAGCGGGAGGUUUUAAAAAUACUUUGUAGUCGCCAGUCUUUAAUUGACUGCCUCUGAGCUGAGAAAAGGCCAGGUGUCACUACAUGAGAAUAUGUUUUGGGCAUUUGUAUAUUACUUGUGAAAUUGUUAUUUAUUGUGGGUACUUUUCUGCACGUUCCACACUUCACACAGGUGGUACUGUCAAUUUAACGUUUCCCUCACACUCCCAAUGGAAUUUGCAGGUCAUUCUGAAGACCAACCUUUGGUCAUUGUAUAAUCUGUAAAGCACAUGACACAGGAGGGACUGAGGGAAGAGAGUGGUAUGGUCUUUUGGGAACUUUUGGGGAGGGGGGGGGGGGGGCAGUAUUUCCCCUGAAACGCUGCAGUAAAUAACAUUAAUAAUGUACAAAUAUGUUCCUUCUAGCAUCUCUAUACAGUACAUACGUGUGUUCUGAAGCUAAGUCAACCUAUUAUAACAGGUAGCCUUAUAAAAGUCCUGUACUGGCCCCCAUUCACCCUGUCAGUGCUAUUUAUAGGCCCCUGUAGCUCAGUUGGUAGAGCGUGGCGCUUGCAACGCCAGGGUUGUGGGUUCGUUUACCACGGGGGGCCAGUAUGAAAAUGUAUGCACUCACUAAUUGUAAGUCUCUCUGGAUAAGAGCAUCUGCUAAAUGACGAAAACGUAAAUGUAUUUAAACUGAACCUCACAUUUCCAUAGAGACUACUGCAGGUGGCUAACAAAACACAGCUGCAGUUUGGAUUGUUUUUCUCAGAGGAAAAACUCUUGGCAGAGCUGUGCCGCUGACCUACCAAAAGGAUUCAGAGCAUUUAUUUGAGUAAUUUCUGAUUGUCGUAACUCUGCUAACCAACUGUGUCUCCAAAGGCAGAUAAGAAAACAAAAGCCCCUAGAUUAGCUGCAUUCCUGGCAUCUGAGUUUAAUAAGGAACCACAUAGUUGCAUGAGCGCCUCUAAAAACAGCAAUGGCAGUAUUGAAGGGGUUGUUAAAAUAAAAGAUGUGGCCUUGCUCAACGUGUUGUCGUGUAUGAGGUUUGACUGUAGUUGUGUUAGUGUUGUGUUAUGAGUUGUGACUGUAGUUGUGUUAGUGUUGUGUUAUGAGUUGUGACUGUAGUUGUUUUAGUGUUGUGUUAUGAGUUGUGUUAUGAGUUGUGACUGUAGUUGUGUUAGUGUUGUGUUAUGAGUUGUGACUGUAGUUGUUUUAGUGUUGUGUUAUGAGUUGUGACUGUAGUUGUGUUAGUGUUGUGUUAUGAGUUGUGACUGUAGUUGUGUUAGUGUUGUGUUAUGAGUUGUGACUGUAGUUCUGUUUUAGGUUAAGUGUCCUGUUUGUGUUGUGAGUUGUGUGAUACCAGGUAGUGUGAGCCUGCUAGGGAAAGGGAGGAUGAGACACUGCUGUGUGUGUGGAUGACCUUGAGUCUGUGUGUGUUUUGUAAGGGUUGGGGAGAAAGCACUCGCUGUCUCAACUAAAUUGAACCUAGAGAAUUGAGCAAUAAUCCAACUUUAACGAAUGAAGACGGCAGCGCUCACGGAGAUAAUCAUUUAUGUUGUUUUAUUGCAUCAUAUCAGUCCCAGGCAACCCUUUUUAGUUGCAGGUAGAAUCCUUUUGGUUUCAGGUAGAACCCUUUUGGGUUCCAGGUAGAACCCUUUCUACAGAGGGUUCUACAUGAAUCCCAAAAGGGUUCUACCUGGAACCAAAAAGGGUUCUACCUGCAACCAAAAAGGGUUCUUCAAAGGGUUCUCCUAUGGGGACAGCCGAAUAACCAUUAAAGGUUCUAAAUAGCACCUUUUUUUUCUAAGAGUGUAGGUUAACUGGCUGAAACAGGCCCUUGCCUGGGACUGAUAUGAUGGUUCCAGGUAUGAUGGUUCCAGGUAGAACCCUUUUGGGUUCCAGGUAGAACCCUUUUGCGUUCCAGGUAGAACCCAAAAGGGUUCUCCUAUGGGGACAGCUGAAGAACCAUUUUGGAACCCUUUUUUCUAAGAGUGUAGGCUCCGUGACCAAAAAGCAUCCGCCUGACUGCCGUUAUGCAAUACAUCAUAUCUUGUGAGUGAUUUUGUGAAUGCUGGCUGUGUUUAAAGCACUGGGGGGUUAGCCAGCAAACUUAACAUUACCCAAUGUCCCACAACAAAUACACAACAGUCAAAUUACAGUUCAACGGGUUGUUUAAUGAAAAUAGCUGAAGUAUUAACCAACUUAGUUAACAUCUAAAUGAUGGUUUAGAACUGACACUCAGCUGUAGACAACAGUUUUCAGUCACAGGAACCCUUUUGGAUCGAGCUGGAUAGAAAUUAGCAGCUGGGCCAGAAAUACUUAAAUGUCCUUAUAAAGCUGGUACACAUCACUACACAUCACUACUCUCCCUUGAGUCUUUGCCCAUAAAAAGUCUUAUCCAUGUCCAUAUCUAACUUCUGAAAUAAAAAAGAAAUUUCUGGGUUUUCAGGCCGGUACUGUGAAGUGCACCAAAUGACAGGGAAUUACAUGUGGGAUCAGCGCUCUCUCAAGGAAUUCCUAAUUGGCACCAACCAAGACAGUCGGCUGCCAAUGUGGUGGGACGGGUCUGAGCCCAUCUGGGUAACCAUGCAGAAACUCGGGAAGAAAGUCUUCAUGUACUAUUGGCCCGGUAAGGACACUCUGGCACAUUUCAGAAUGAUCAGAGCUUUGGAAAUAGAUAAAUACAUAAAUACAGUAAGGCCCCCAGUGGCAUUACAUUGUUUUGGAUAUAAUUAUAAUUAUUCAAGCAUUUCAAAUGUUUUGUCUACCAGUCAUAUCAAGAACACAGGAUUCAGAUGCUGUAUAUUCUGGAAUCAAACUAAAUGCCUUCCAUUGAUGUACAUUCCAAUUGGAUCAUUGAGAUGAACUCAAGUGUGAACCUUCUAGAAGCACAGUGAUCAGUGAUGUGACACCUGUUAUCUACUGUCUUGUUAUCAGGUUGUGAGGUGGAGAUUCUGGGUGUGAGAUCUUCGUUCUGUGAGGAAUACGUCUACAAUCCCACAGAGAAAAAUCUGACAGAUUCUAUUGAAAGUGCUCUCGAUGCUUUACGGUAAGAAAUGGAGGUGUUUUGGAAUCAGCCAGGUUUGGAAUGUAGUGCCAUUCUGUUGUGUAGUAACACCAUAACAACAAACCUGUGUUUACUUCAUCAGUAGUGGCAGAGCAGACAUGGCUGCUGUGUACUAUGAGAAGAUUGACGUAGAGGGGCAUCACUAUGGCCCCAUGUCUUCUCAGGUGAAGACUGCUGUUCAGAGGCUGGACGUCGCCUUCCAGGCGCUAAACCAAAAGAUUAAGGUUAGGCCCUAUAUUGUUUUCCAAACAUUGAAAAGAGAGUAAAAAUUAACUACUCAAUCCAGCAAAAAUGUUUCCAUGCUACAAUGAUUUGUACAAAGUAACAGAUAUAGCCUGCUGAUUGUGGUCAGAAUGUUGAGCGUACAUUGUGACCAGAGGGCCUUGGUCAAAAGUAGUGCACUAUAUAGGGAAUAGGGUGCCAUUUGAGUCGCAGCCUUUGAUCUAAACAGGUUACCACCACCCUGCUGUAUUUCAGGAGAAGAACCUGCGUGACGAGCUGAACGUCAUCAUGUUUUCCGACCAUGGGAUGACAGAGAUCAAGUGGAUGGAGAAAGUCAUUGAGCUUGUGACGUACAUAAACAUGUCUGACGUUGUCAAGAUGAUGGACAGGGGGCCUGUCGUCAGUCUGUGGCCAAAACAAGCUAAAUAUGAGGAGGUGAAUUGCUUUCCAUUUCUGUCAUCCAUACAGGCCAAUUGUCUUUCAACCCAGCCAAGGACACUGGAAAAAACAUGCGUCCCUGAUUUCUCCUCUCUACCAUAGUAAACAGAAACAAACAUGUAAUGUUGGCACAUUUAGUAACUUGUUUACACUUCCCUGUCAAAAAACAAACAUUUCCAAACUGUUCAAAGUUUGAUCCGUAACAAUGUAUAUGAAAGGCCUCAGUCAAGCCAGCCAUAACUUCUGUAGCAAAAUUUACAGGAGAAGGUCCCAUAUGUCAUUACCAUGGGGUUACUUACUGCCCAAUAGAGUGGGAUGCAAUUUGUAGCUACACCUCUCCCUGAGCAAAACAGGGAGAGAAAGCCUUUAAUAGAAUGUAUAGUGAAUCUGAGUUGUGUUGAUGGCAGGUCUACACAGUACUGAGCAGUGUACGGAACAUGAAUGUCUACAGGAGGAAUCAGGUCCCUGACCGCUUCCAUUACAAGGGGGGGAAGUUUGUCUCCAGUCUGACCCUGGUGGCUGACCCUGGCUGGUUUAUAACAGAGGUAAGGCUUUGACACGUCACAUCUCAGUGAUGAUAUACCUAGUGUGCAUUCCAAAUGGCACCCUAUUCCCUAUAUAGUGCACUACUUUUGACUAGCUCUAUGGGCCCUGGUCAAAAGUAGUGCACUAUAUAGGGAGCAGAGUUCCAUUUGGGACAAGACCUUAGUGUCCAUGUGUGCUAUAAUGUGCUAUAAUUGAAGAAGUAGGCUAACAUUAAUUCCACUGUCUUUUAAGCCAUUACGUACUGACAUGGCUGCCUCUGUUUUCAGAGCAAGUCCAAACUGCCUUUCUGGCAGAACAGCAGUUCACCAGAGCCGCAGGGAUGGCAGCAUGGUUGGCACGGCUACGACAAUGAGUUUGUGGACAUGAGGGGCUUCUUCUUAGCACAGGGACCAGGUAACAACUGUCUGAUCAGUAGGCCUUCAUAGUCAUAGAAUUAUACUGAACAAAAAUAUAAACGCAACAUGCAACAAUUUCAAAGAUUUUACUGAGUUACAGUUCAUAGAAGGCAAUCUGUCAAUUGAAAUAAAUUCAUUAGGCACUAAUCUUUGGAUUUAACGACUGGGCAGGGGCACAGCCAUGGGUGGGUCUGAGAGGGCAUAGGCCCACCCACUUGGGAGCCAAGUCCACCCACUGGGGAGCCAGGCCCAGCCAAUCAGAAUGAGUUUUUUCCCCACAAAAGGGCUUUUUUACAGACAUAAAUACUCCUCAGCACUCCCUCCCCCGCCUCAGAUGAUCCCGCAGGUGAAGAAGCUGGAUGUGGAGGUCCUGGGCUGGCGUGGUUGCUCGUGGUCUGCGGUUGUGAGGCCGGUUGGAUGUACUGCCAAAUUCUCUAAAACGAUGUUGUAGGCGGCUUAUGGUUGAGAAAUUAACAUUACAUUCUCUGGCAACAGUUCUGUUGGACAUUCCUGUAGUCACAGCAUGCCAAUUGCAUGCUCCCUCAAAACUUGAGACAUCUGUGGCAUUGUGUUGUGUGACAAAACUGCAAAUUUUAGAGUGGAAUUAUUGUCCCCAGCACAAGGUGUACCUUUGUAAUGAUCAUGCUGUUGAAUCAGCUUCUUGAUAUGCCACACCUGUCAGGUGGAUGGAUUAUCUUGGCAAAGGAGAAAUGCUCACUAACAGGGAUGUAAACACAUUUGUACACAAAAUCUGAGAGAAAUAAGCUUUUUGUGCAUAUUUUCUUGGAUCUUUUAUUUCAGCUCAUGAAAAAUGGGACCAACACUUUACAUGUUGCGUUUAUAUUUAUGUUCAGUGUAUAUAUAGAUAUAGGAUCCCAAUGUACUGUGCAUAGUAAACACAGUGCCUGUGUACUACAGCAUCACUCUCAUAAGUAGUGAUCAUUAACAUGACCUGAGCUGUACUGCCUAUAACUUUAUUGAACUAUUGGAAUCAGGGUUGUUAUGACUCUUAUCAAUCUUAUCAUUAUCAAAUAACACUACUGUACUUUGGAAGUGACCCAUAAAAUAAUUUAUAUUCUGUCUGCUGUACUGUCUUUGCCAUGAUAACACCCACAGGUAUAAUAAUCAACAAAUUGUCUUCUUACCUACAGAUUUCAAGAGGAAUGUUCGUGCGGCCCCUAUCAGAGCAGUGGAUGUGUACAACUUGAUGUGUAGGACUCUGGGGAUUGUGCCUCUGCCCAACAACGGUUCCUGGUCCCGGGUGGAGUAUCUUCUCAGUGGCUCUGUGGGCCUGGCCUGGCCUAGUCCUCUCUGGGUUCUGGGUCUAAUGGCCCUGGUGCUGUCUCUACAGGCUUAGAACCGGAGAGAUUCUGUCAUUCACUAGAGUGGAUGAUGUCAUAGACCCACAUAGCUCCAUAAUGCACUGAUAAUGGCAGGCAGAGCCAUAGAUAUCCUAUUAAAUUCUUAUUUUGUGUUGUAAUUCCUAAUUCUAUGGGCAGAGCCAUGUAGUUGAGUUGGGCCAACUUUAAAAUGUUGUUCUAAUUCUAGACAUUCUGUUACAUAGCAUGAUUUAAAUAUUCCCAAUGUAAUGUUAAUGGGGAGCUAACA